AUGAGAAACCCCUCAAUACCUGUUUAUGCUGUCUCCUUAUUUCCUUCCUCGCUGCCUCUUUGCUGCUUCUUGCUGCAACAGCAGCAGCAGCAACAGCAGCCGGUCGCGUUGGCUGUAUCUGCUGAUGGAUGUAUUCUCCAGGCAGAUCUUUCCCGCUUGUCGCUUCUGCCGCCUUACUGCAGCAGCAGUAGCAGUGGCGGCGGCAGCAGCAGCAGUAUCAGCAACGGCUACUCAGAAGCUCUGGCUCAGGGGGCCCUAGAGGCCCUCCCCCUCGUCCCUCUUGAGGGGCCCCUCACCUGUGCUGCAUGCAGCCCCAUGGGGCCCCAUCUUGCACUUUGCGAACUAGGAGGGAGAAUUCAGCUGCUGCAGCAGCAGCAGCAGCCGUAUGAGCAGCAAACGCUGCUUGCUGUCAACACUGCAGCACGGCAAGCUGCUAUAUCUGCUGCCGUACAGAGGCAGCAAGAGCAGCAGCCACAACAGCAGCACCAGCACCGGCACCAUCGCAGGGCCUCCGGUGCUAGCAGCAGCAACAGCAACGACAACAGCAUCAGCAGCAACAGCAGCAGCAGGUCUAGAGAGUAUAGAAGCGGAAACAACUGGGGGCUCCCAACCGGCCCCCUUCCUGGUCUUGACAGCUUCUUGCUGCUGUCUGAUGACCCGGCGGCAACAGCAGCAGCAACAACAGCAGCUGCCCUAGCUGGCCCGGUUACUAUAUCACGCUGCUGCAGCAGGUACCUCCGGCAGCAGCAGCAGCAACAGCAUCAGCAACUAGCUGCCCGCGGCCCUGCAAGGGAGGCUUGUGCCUUAGAGGAACUUGCAGAGGAAUAUUUGCUGCUGCAGUCCCUAGGUAGCAGCAGCAGCAGCAGCAAUCUGGGGGUUGCUUUGCAGCCGUGCUGCUGCAAGUGCAGUACACCUGGCAGCUGCAGCGGGGGACCCCUAGUGAAGGGGGCUCCCUGCUGCUGUGAGCUUUCUUCGGAGAAGUGGGUAUUUCCUCUUAGGACCCUAGCUGAGGAAUUAAAUGAGGGGGCCCUAUGGGAGGGGCCCCGCGCCGCCUCCGACUGGGGGGGCCCCGACGGGAGUACCCAACGUCCCCUUUCUCUUGGGGGCCCCCCAGGAGGAGGGUUGGGGGCCCCUGCAUGCAUCGAUGCUGAUGCGGGCAUCAACAACCCUGAGGAGGCGAUUUGUGGUGCUUUGCUGAAGUACGUGAGGACCCCUGGGGGGCCCUGUUGUGGGUGCAGCUCCAGCGCCAGCAGCGGCAGCAACAGCGGCAGCAGCAGCAGCAGAGGCAGUAGCAGCAGCAGGGGGAGCACCAGCAGGAGGGGUGGUCGUCGAAGUGUGCGCUGCAGCGGUAGCAGUAGCAGCAACUGGGAGGGGGCCCCCUGGAGGGCCCCCAGGGGUGCCCACCGCGAAGAGCCAACAGGGUACUAUGCCAUUGAAGUGCUGCAUAGCGAAGACAUAAGGCCCCCCACACCUCUGCCAUGGUCUUUGUUAGCAUGUAACGGUGCAGCAGCAGCAGCAGGGGGUUCAACUGCUGCUUCUGCUGGUGCUGCUGUACCUUCCGUUUGCUUUGCAGGAGAGACCGUCAGUGGGGCCCCCAAUGGCCUCCUGUACAGCAGCAACGGCCCCUCUCGUGAGUUGUCUCUACGUAAAACUUUUGGCUCCUUAACAGCAAAUGGAGGCCCCAGUCUUACAGAUGGUAUUAUAUUUACUCGUGCUACGCUGCUUGCUGCUUUACAAGAAAGUGCCGUUAACCAGGGCCUUCUACGACCCCUUGGGGGCCCCCAUCGGGGUAGUCGGGCGGGGGGGCGAGGGGCCCCUCACUUGGCUGCUUCAGCGGGAGGGCGCCCUGGGGGCCCCUUCCGGCCGUUGCGCGGGAAAAUGAGGCCCGCAGCAGCAGUAGGAGCAGGAUCAGGUGCUGCUGCUGCAGGGACCCCUGCUGCUGUUAUAGCAGCGGCAGCUGCUGCUGCGGGACCUUCCUUUAAACCUCCGUGGAAAGGGCCCAGUGAUAGCAGCUGCGUUUAUCUGUCUCCUUCUUCUGCUUCUCCUAGUGAGGGAUCUGAUGAAGAUGAAGCUCCUACUAAGGCAGCAAGAGCCCUUCUAAGGGCCUCUAAGCAACAGGGGGGCCCACCUCUUGCCCACGGGGGCCUCCAUCCUGUGUCACCCACAGCAGGGCCUGGGUCAGCACAAUAUGCUCCUCUUGGGGGAGCCCCAGAGGGCCUUCCCCACACUCCUUGCGGGAUCCGAUCCCAGUUCGCCUCCCCAAGCACAGGUGCUUCUGGUUUAUACCCUCCUUAUCUUCAAGGUGGGGGACCCAUGAGCUCCCUUGGGGGGCCCUCGAAGGGCCCCCAAGGGAGCCUUUCUGCUGCUUCUAACACUGAUGCUGAGUGUAGCAGCAGGAGCUGGGGAGGACGCCAGAGGGACAAUCCUAGGGGCCCCGGAGGGGGCCCCUUUUCUUCUAGUGAGGGAGGGGGGGGCCUGGAUUCUUCUGGGGGCCCCUCAUUGCGUGGACCUAUUGCUGUGAGGGUACCAAGUCGUUAUGCUUAUCAUCAAUUAACUGGGGCCCCCUGGAUAUUCAAUGGACCCCUUCAAGAGGAGUUAGCAACUCUUCUUCAGCGAACCAACUUGAGCAUUCGUUUUCUCCUCGAGAGAAUUCACAAAGAACUGCUUCCUGCAGCAGCGGCAGAAGGCGUCCUCUCAGCAGCAGCAGCAGCAUAUUCACCAACAGCAGCAACAACAGCAACACCAGCAGCACUCCCCCAAACACCGCCCCCCGUCUUCUUCCCUGUCCCUUGGGGGGCCUUAUCUGCAGAGACAGAAGCUGAAGAUCUUUCAGGUGUAUCCAAUCAGCCUGUUUCCUCAGAGAACGUGCAGCAGGAGACACCUUGUGUGCAAGUUGAGAGCAGCAGCAGCAACAGCAACAACAACAACAACAGUUGUCAGGAGGAGGCGUCUUCUGCUGUUGAGGUGCUCUUUGGUUUUAAACAAAAAACGACAACCAAAUGUCUUAAAGCAGCGCAUGCUGCAAGCCAAGUUGCUCCUGCAUUCCUCGUUGAUUUGGUGUACCCUCAAGCAAGCAGCAGCAGCAGCAGUAAGCAGCGGGCAGCCGCCGGCAUUUGCGGGGUAGGAGCGGCUCGCAUCAGCAGCACCAGCAGCGGUGUUCACAGCAGCGAUUCCUUCCUCCUUCCUCCUCGUGUCGGCAGCUGCAGCAGCAGCAUCAGCAACAAUGUUGCAGGGCCUUUAGGAGACAGUACUGACAUCGACGUGCAAGAGGAGGAGGCGCCGGGAUUUGUUCGUUAUGAUUUAAUUGCUUCUCUCUUUGCCGUAAUGCCCGUAGAGGGAUCCCCUGGGGCCCCAGGGGGCCCCCAAGGUUUGGGUCUCGGGUCCGCUGGAGGCCCGUUCAGCCUCGCCCAGGGGGGCCCCAGGGUUCGCUCUUUCGCCAAGGCAGCAAACACAGAUAGAAAAGGGAAGACAGGAGCAGCAGAUGAUGCGGGGUGCCACCUCGUGUUGCACGCUCGAGUCCCUGCUGCCUAUCGCACGCGAGAGAUGGAGGAAAAGCAGCAGGAGAGGCGCCGGCAGCAGCAGCAGCAGAGGCAACAGCAACAGCAGCAGCAGCAGCAGCAGCCUCACCAGGAGCAGCAAGAGCAGGAACAACAGGACCAUGCGCAGCAACAGCAACAGCAACAGCAACGGGAUCAGCAGCAGCAGCAGGGCAGCAGCAGCAGCAGCAAGAGUUGCUGGGUCUCAGUAAAUGACUUUGUGCUGUCGUACUGCCGCUCUCGUGCUGUUCUUGAUUUCGUCUCCCCGUGGAAGUUUCCCCUCUUGUUUGCAUUUGCAAGACAAGACACGAACCAAGGAGAUAACCUCAACCUCGACCUGUUCAACCCCGGUUGGACGUUGGAGGCAAAAAUGCCAAACAUGCCGAACAUGGAGUUGGUUGGGGAAGUAGGAGGACGACUUGUUCCAAUACCUCGUGUUGCUAGCGGAGCAAUAUCUGCUGGGGUUUUCCUAUCCGAUGUUAAUCUCUCUCUAAACCCGCAAGCCCCUAGGGAUCCUGUCACCUUCCAGCCACUUACCCCAAGCGAGCUGCUGCUGAUGCAGACAGCUCGCGUGAGAAUAGUAAAGCGGCUAAACGAACAGGAGAGAACCCCAACGGUAUUGAGUCCAAGCGAUCUCGCAGCUGAGGGGUUCCUUGUGGGUAUUGAUGCAGAAUUUGUAGCAGAAGUUACAGAGGCAGCGGAGAUUGAUCAAGAUGGCCACAAACAUGUCCUACAGAGUUCUUCACUAGCCCUGGCCAGGCUGAGUCUGGUGCGGGGCCAGGGGCCUCUGGAGGGGGUUCCUUUCGUUGAUCAUUACGUACAGUUCAGGAAACCGCCUAAAGACUGUUUGACGCGAUUUUCUGGCCUGCGGCUCGAAGAUUUGAGCAUCACUGAGUCUAGCGUGUGGCUGUCAACUCGCAAGGAUCUUCUGCACAAGUUGCGUUUUGUCGGCCACGGGCUUCAGCACGAUUUUCGCGUUAUGAAUUUGUACGUACCUUUGAGCCAAAUGAUUGACACGGUGGAGUUGUUUAGGCUCCCUGGCAAACGGUAUUUGUCUCUCAAGUUUUUAAGUGGGGUUCUGCUGCAAAAGGAAAUACAAGGCGGUACCCACGACUCAAUCGAAGACGCGCAGACUGCCCUUAGGCUGUUCAAGAAAUAUCUGGAGAUAAAAGAAAGCGGGGCUCUCAGCAGCUGCAUUUCGCUCCUCUAUGAAGUGGGAUACAACUCAAACUGGAAUGCGAGUUCUUCCAGCUUCUUCCGGCUUUAUACAACCCCAGCAACAGCAACUCUCAACACGGAUGCAACCCCAACAGCGCAUGCAGCAGUGCAGCCAGGCCUACAACCUGUAGCAGAUGCAGCAGCAGAUGAUGAGCACCGGGGGGAUGCUUGA